AAGCUGUUGGUGGCGUGCGGUGCGCCUGAGCGAGAUGCUAUGGAUUUGUGGGGCGGCGGCCAUUGCUUUGCUCCAAUGAUCCUCAGUUCUGUAGCUCGGCAACAAUCAGAUAGACGUACGAUCAUGGAUCCACGGAGCGCCCCUACCUGGGCAUGCCCCAGCGUCGCCGUGGCGGCCUUCUACGGCACCAUGGGCCGGCGGAUAUGGCUGGGGAACGCCAUGCUCCUCGCGAGCGCGGCCAUGACAGGAGUCAUGGUGGGGGUAGGCGGCGGCUCCGGCCGCCACCGCCACCGCCACCGCCUCGCCCGCCUCGUCUUCCUCGGAGCCAACACGCUGUUCCUGCCCGUCGUCUCCUACGUCGUCUCCACGCUCCGCGACAGCGCCAACGACUACGUCAACAAAGAGGACGGCACGACCCUGGCGGCGCUGUGCCACUCGGUGUUCCACCCGUGCAUGGUCAUCACGUGGGCGUUCCUCGUCCAGAUGGCGGCCACCAGCGCCGCCUCCGCCGCCGGCAGCAGAGAAGUCGAAGGCCGGACGAAGGCGGCGGGCCCGCCCUGGGAGCUGCUCGUCAAGGCCGUCUGGACCUUCUACCUCGGCGCCAGCAUCACCAACAAGCGCUUCUUCCGCGGCCUCUUCCGCGUCUCCCCCAGCGCCAACCACGGGCCGCUCACGCUCAUCUGCUCCAAGGUCAUGUUCGCGCCUUUCCUCCUCAUCUGUGCCAAGAUCUGGAUCAAGUGCUACUCGUUCCGGAAGGCGCGGAAGUCCUUCGCGCUGGGGCGCAACCCUGGCCUUGUUUUCGGGUACAUGGAGGAGCUACAGCGAGUGAGAAGAAGCCAGCGGCAGCGUGGUGGGACGACGACGACAGCCGUAGGUGAUGGUGAUCAGGACGCGGUACUUCCUCCUCCUCUCCUGGUCAUGGGAGAAGACAGCAAGCCGGUGAAGAAGCGGCCUCGGGGGUACGUGUUCAGCGACGCAUGGACAAUGCCCACUGACGGCGGCAGCACUGCUGGCUUGGUGACCCUCGACAGAGUGUGGGAGCUGGACAGCGUGGCUCCGACGUCCAAAGACCUAUGCCUGUCCUUCGCGUUGUUCAAGCUGCUGAGAUGCCGGUUCGCGAGGUACGAUGACGACAUCGCUGACGUCGUCGGCCGCGGCGGCGCAACGGGGCACGACGAGCCUUUAUGGACGAGCCUGCUGCUGAAGGACGACGAUGGCGAUGAGCAACACGGCAGCAGGGUGUUCAGGGUGAUCGCUGACGAGCUCUCGUUCGUCCACGACUACUACAACUCGUCCCUACCGACGUCGUAUGCUAAGUGCUGGCUACCAGCCGUGAGCGUGCUCGUCUCGCUCAUGAGCAUCGGCUACUGCGCCGUGGCCGCGUACUUCAUCGCCGCGUUUGCGGGCGAGGUGCACAGGCGCGGCCGCGGGCAGAUCAACUGCGAGUUCUGGUGCAGCGGCGGGCCAACCGAGCCGGUGAGCCGGCUGCGGAAGAAAGAGUUCGGGAGCCUGUACUUCGACGUGCUGCCGGAGUUCCUGCUGCUGGUCCUGGUCGUAAUCGCUGAGGCGAGGGACAUCGCUUCCUACGCCUGCUCCAACUGGACCAAAGUGGCCAUCAUAUGCCACCACGUGAGACGUGAACAAGAAGCAAGACCUCGCCGCCGACGAUGGUUUGCUCUGCUUCUCUUGCGGUGCAGGUGCCAGAAGGUCGUGAGCAGCUGCUGGGAGGAGAAGAUGGGGCAGUGCUCGGUACUGCUGGCGCUUCGCCCAACGGCGGCCGCGGGAGCGAACUUCCUUGGCCGUCUCAGUCGUCGCGUGUUCCGUCACCUGCCAGACGAGAAGGUGAAGGUCGAGGUGCCAGCAGCGGUGAAGGCUUGCGUCGUGGACGCGCUAACAAGAGCCACGACGACGGCCGCGCGCCAGGUAGGCGUGGGCGGCGGCGCGGCGUCCCUGCAGCGAAGCCAGGCCGGAAAGGGUUUCCUCUGGGCGUGCAACGGCAGGACGAUGAGUACAGCCGACGUGAUGCUUACAUGGCACAUCGCCACCUGCGUCUUCGAGGUGAGGCACCCUUGCUGCCGCUGGGAGGAUACAGAUACAGAGCAGGGUUCUUCUUCCCCGCGGGUAGUAGUUCCGGUCGUCGAGCAUAGGAGCGCCGCCACUCAUCUGUCACGGUACUGCGCGUACCUCAUGACCUGGGCCCCGGAGCUUCUCCCUGACGAGGUCGCAUGGACCAAGAGCUUGUAUGAAGCUGUCAAGGAGGAUGCUGAGCGUGUCCUCGACGCCGCCCGUGCCGCCAGCGCCGCCCCGGCCCCGCCGUUGAUGAUGCCUGACGAUGAGUACCAGGAUCUGGUGGCGUUGCUUAGCGAGAGGUCCAGUCAUGUGGUAGUGAAGAAUGGCGCGAGGCUCGGAAGGCAGCUGGUGGAGUUGGUCGAGGGCGAGGAGACAGCGUGGGCAAUCCUAGCAGGGUUCUGGGCGGAGAUGAUCCUGUACGUGGCGCCAUCCAACAAUCUCAAAGGACACAGAAAGGCCAUCGCCCGUGGUGGAGAGCUCGUCACUCUCCUCUGGGCGCUGCUCUUCCAUGCUGGCAUACAUACUAGGCCUGCUAGUGGGGUUGGUGUUUAAGGCAUGUACAACGAACUCAGUGUAUUUAAGGCACCUACAUGAUUCUCUACAUGUACUGUGUCUUAAUUGUAUUUAUAAUUUAGAGACCCAUUAUUAUAUCAUACAAUUUCUUAGAUAUCUCUUGUACUUGAA